AAAGAGAGGAGAGAACAAGUCUGGCAAGAGCGCUACCAAGCUCUAGUCAGGCAGCGGUUGGCAGACCGAGAGAUAAUCCAGCAACAAGAACGCCUGUUAUUGCAGGCACGUGAGGAAGCGACGGAGAGGGACGGACGUCACCGGGAAGAGCUCGAUCGCUUGUACUCCAAGCUGAAUGCUCUGCAGACUGGCCCGUUCAAGUCAUUGGGAGAUGAUCUGAUCGUGAAUCAGAUGCGCCGGCUGAAUCAACUCCUCGACAACUGGGUCAAAGUCAACUUCAAAGAUGUGACAAAGAUAACACCAGAAUCGAUUGAGGCAGACGGGCAGCUCCAUGCGCCCCAGCGACGGGCCUGGGUUCAUGCCACUGUCGCCAAUCUUAUCCAUGCUGAGAUAUUUGAACCCUACCACUUCUGGUUGCCUCAAAACCCUCUGGGAGAUUUUCUGUCUAAGAUAGAACUCAACGUC